AUGUUCAAGACCCAAUUUGAUAAAUGCCUGGAAAAGGCCACCAGUCAACUACUUUUAGAGCCAGACUGGGACUCAAUUUUACAGAUUUGUGACAGUAUCCGACAAAAGGAUGUUGUGGCCAAGUUUGCUAUGGGAGCUAUCAAGAAGAAAGUUUCAACUGACAAUCCUCAUGUUGCGAUGUACGCUCUUCAAGUAUUGGAGUCAGUUGUCAAGAAUUGUGGAACAGCUGUUCAUGAAGAAAUCGCCACUAAAGAAUACAUGGAGUUUUUGAAAGAUCAAGCCAAAACUAGAAAUGAUCCAGUCAAGGGGAAGAUUCUGGAAUUGGUUCAAGCCUGGGCACAUGCCUUCCGCAAUGAACCUAACUACAAAGUAGUACAAGAUACAUUUCACCUGAUGAAGAUGGAAGGAUUUAAAUUUCCUGUUUUGAAGGAAGCUGACGCAAUGUUUAUGGCCGAGAAGGCUCCAGAGUGGAAAGAUUCUGAUGUUUGUACAAGAUGUCGCGUUCAGUUUGGUAUGAUGCAGAGAAAACAUCAUUGCAGAGCCUGUGGUGAAAUUUACUGUAAUAAAUGUUCAGCUAAAUCAUCAAUUAUUCCCAAAUAUGGUAUAGAACGAGAAGUCAGAGUGUGUGAUUCCUGUUAUGAAUCAAUUAACAAGACAACUGCUGCUGCUAAAUCAAGUAGUGAAUCAAGUGAUGCUCUACCACAAGAAUAUUUGGCAAGUCCUCUGUCAAAACAGUCUCAAUCACCACCAUCAAAGUCUGAACAAGAAAUCCAAGAGGAAGAAGAAUUACAGCUUGCUCUGGCUCUGUCUAAAAGUGAACAUGAGACGAGUGAAAAGAGCAGACUUAAACCCAACUACUCAAACUAUUCUAAAAAUGAACGCUCUGUUUCUCCUCAGAGUAAAGCUCCAACCUAUAAUCAAACCUCCAAUGCUCCAGUACCAAUGGUUGAUACCGCGGACAUGGAUCCAGAGUUGGCAAGAUACUUGAAUCGUAAUUAUUGGGUGCAGAGAUCAGAAGAAACUAAAGUGUCCACCACUACACCCUCAGCUCCUGUGGUCACCUCAGAGCCAGUUUCUACAUCAGCUAAACAAAAUGAAGUGAAUGUGACCAGCCCAGUGGUUUAUCAAAAUGGUGACACUGAUGCUGACCAAACCCAAUUUCUUCAUGCUCUGAGUACAAGUAUUCAGAUUUUCAUCAACAGAAUGCAGAGUAACUCUAUUAGAGGAAGAAGUAUUGCCAAUGACUCGUCUGUUCAGUCUUUAUUCAAUGUUAUUAGCAACAUGAAUCCACAGUUGAUGACUUACAUGCAGGAACAGGAAGAAUUGAGGACAUUUUAUGAAGGUCUUCAGGAUAAGUUAGCACAGCUCAGAGAUGCUAGAGAAGCUUUAGAUUCAUUGAGAGAAGAGCACAGAGAAAAGAAGAGAAUGGAAGCAGAAGAACUAGAGAGACAAAGGCAAAUACAAAUGGCUCAAAAACUAGAAAUCAUGAGACAAAAGAAG